AUGGCUUCGAGACCAGAGUACCAGUCAUUAGCGGAUGUGGAGGAUCACGCAGCAGCCUCAGACGAAGAUUCGGCGCUGCUAGGAGGCCUGGACGAAGACAGCAACGAUGUACCCUUUUCGCGGAUCGAAUAUGCCAUCUUUUGCUUCCUGGGCAUGGCCAUGCUCUGGGCCUGGAACAUGUUCCUCGCCGCCGCUCCAUACUUCGCAUCCCGCUUCGCCGGCGACUCCUGGAUAGAAGCAAACUUCCAGUCCACCAUCCUCACCGUCUCGACCCUCACGAACCUCGUCUCCUCCCUCAUCCUCUCCCACAUCCAACACUCCGCCUCGUACCCCUUCCGCAUCAACCUCGCCCUCGUCAUCAACACCGUCAUCUUCAGCCUUCUCACGGGCUCCACGGCCGUCUUUCUCGAUGCCUCGCCGCGCCAGUACCUGGGCUUUGUGCUCACCAUGGUGGCAUGUACCUCUUGGGCCGCCGGCCUGAUGCAAAACGGCGCGUUUGCUUUCGCCGCCGGCUUUGGCCGAUCCGAGUACAUGCAGGCUCUCAUGGUAGGCCAGGGCGUGGCCGGAGUUCUGCCUUCCAUCGCGCAAGUCGUCUCCGUGCUCGUCUUCCCUCCUAGCAAAGAAAACACAGUCGCAGGCGAGGGCGCUGGACAAUCCUCCGCCUUCUACUACUUCCUCGCCGCCGUCGUCAUCUCCUUGGUAACCCUCGUGGCCAUCAUCCCCCUGGUCCGUCGACACAACCGCCUGGUAGCCGACCGUCUUACAGAGCACCUCGCCUCCUCCAUGGCCAGCAUCGAAGAGGCCGAGCGCGCCACGCGCAAAGUCGUCUCCCUGCUGCACCUCCUCAAGAAGCUCCGCUGGCUCGCCUUCGGCGUGGCCCUCGUCUUUGCCGUCACCAUGUUCUUCCCCGUCUUCACCGUCAAGAUCCUUUCCGUGCACAAGGACGGCGGGAUCCUCUUCCAGCCCGCCGUCUUCAUCCCCGUCGGCUUCCUCUUCUGGAACAUUGGCGAUCUUCUGGGCCGCAUCGCCACCAUGCUGCCCUUUUCGCUCUCCCACAGGCCGGCCCUGCUCUUCGCGCUGGCCGUGGCCCGAGUCGCGCUCCUCCCGCUCUACCUCCUCUGCAACAUCAACGGCCGCGGCGCCAUCAUCCCGAGCGACUUCUUCUAUCUCUUCAUCGUCCAGCUUGUCUUUGGCCUGACCAACGGAUGGGUUGGAUCGAGCUUCAUGAUUGCUUCGGGCGAGUGGGUUGAAGACAACGAGCGGGAGGCUACCGGUGGAUUCAUGGGCCUGUGCCUGGUGGCCGGCCUUGCAUCGGGAAGUUUAUUGAGUUUUACGAUAUCUGACAUCUAG